AUGGAAGCUACCGUUGUCUUCAUGUUCAUGAAACCCACCGGAGAUUCUUUCCCCGGAAACUGCAGUAUUAGUCCCGGCGAUAGAAAGGCGAACAGGGCCGAAGCUAUCAACGGUGCUGCCCAAUCAUGCAUAUCUUCUUACAAGGACCAGAACCAGAACGAGAAUAUAGAGAAAGACGAGAGCUUUGAGGAGAAGAGAUUUUCAAUGGCGGAUUGGGCUCCGGUUCUCGUCGGAGUUGUGCUGUUCGUGUUGCUCUCUCCAGGACUCCUCUUCUCGUUUCCGGGACAUCACCGGACGUUAGAGUUCGGCGGCAUGAAAACCAACGGAAAAGCCAUCGCCGUCCACUCUCUCAUCUUCUUCGCUGCUUACACGAUCUUGAUCCUCGCAGUCAAUCUCCACAUCACAACCGGUUGA